AGAAGCUAGUAGAAGACCACUCUAGGAAACGGUUCCACUUUUUCCAUUAUGUGAGAAAGUAACUCUUGGGGGCGCCUCUUUUAUCUCAAUUUCUCUCAUUCCCUCUCCCUGUUUAACCUUUUUAGGGGUCUCAGUGUUUUGGGGAAUUCUAAUUGGAUCUCACAGUAAGCGAAGCAGAUCUCGGCAGGAGGCAGGAAUUGGCGUCGAUCUUUGAACAAGAGGCUGUGCGUUGUUCCACAGAGGAGUGCGACUAAAAAUUUCCUAUCCUUGAUCAUUGGGAUUUGUUUGCACGACGGGUAUAUUUCAAAUUUUAUUUAUUAUAAGAAAUUUUUCACAUGGUUGAUCCGAUCCGAGUACGAGUCCCAACGCGGUCGCCAUAAGUUGAAGCAAAAGGCUAGAGCCUCUCCAUCGACGAACUCAUUAGUUUAUCAUCAAAAAGACGAACUCCUUGGUUACUUUGGGGAGUGUCGAUUUUUUUGUUUUUGUUCCUCUUCCUUCUUUUCGUUGUCGAUCUCGAUCUUACGACUUCUCCAAACCCUAAUUUCUUGGAAUUCCUUCGAAUCGUAACACUAAAAUCUUUUCUCGAUCUGGAAUACCUCUCCUCGUCUCUCUAAAUCCGGAUCUUAGAAAGCAACCGUCGCCGCCGCUGCCGCCACCGAUGGCGAAGGAAUUCAACGUCCCCCCCGUGGUCUUCCCCUCCUCAACCGGCAACCCUAGCGUCCCCCACCAGCGCCGCGCCCCGGCGGCGCCUCCCUUCCAAGCGCCCCGCCCAGCCACCUCCUCCUCCUCCGGCGGUCCCUCCAACCCCAGUAUCCCCUUCAUGUCAUUCGACGUCGGCUCCGCCCCCGCCUCCUCCUCCUUCUCCGCUCCCGUCUUCGCCUCCUCCGCCGGCGGCCUCCUCUCCGGUGGCGCUGCUUCCUUCGACGACGAGCCACCCCUCCUCGAGGAGCUGGGCAUCAACACCCGCCAGAUCUGGCGCAAGACCGCCUCCAUUCUCAACCCCUUCCGCGUCAACCCCGACCUCCACGAGGACGCCGACCUCUCCGGCCCCUUCAUCUUCCUCAUGGCCUUCGGUCUCUUCCAGCUGCUCGCCGGCAAGUUCCACUUCGGUAUCAUCCUCGGCUGGGUCACCGUCGCCGCCCUCUUCCUCUACGUCGUCUUCAACAUGCUCGCCGGCCGCAACGGCAACCUCGAUCUCUACCGCUGCCUCAGCCUCGUUGGCUAUUGCAUGCUUCCAAUGGUGAUCUUCUCCGCAAUGUCUCUCUUCGUGCCCCACGGCGGCGUUGUGAUCUUUGUCAUGGGUGCUGUCUUUGUGCUCUGGUCCACCAGGGUCUGCACGAGGCUCCUCGUCGAGCUGGCCUCGUGUGGAGACGAGCACCGUGGCCUCAUAGCCUACGCCUGCUGGCUUGUCUACAUGCUCUUCUCCCUGCUUGUAAUAUUCUGAUUCUUGGUGAGGACUUGUGCAGGACUUUGAGUUCAUAUUCAGGGCUUUUUCUUUCUGAUGGAGCAUUGAGUGAACGCUCUCUGCUUUGUAUGAGACUUUGAGGGAUGUCUUCAGACCUUCGCCAAGCUCAUGAUUGCUGCCCGGCGGUCUCCACACGACUCUCCAUGGAUUUGAAUCCAUUUUAUUCCUUGCGUUCUAUGCUUUUGGGAAUUUUUUUUGUGAUGAGAUGGUAUUGAUUUAUAUUGUUUGCCAUCUAUAAACCAGUCAUAGGACCAGUCAUAGGUUGGCCAAAGAAUUUGAUUCUGAAAAGAAGGAAUAUUUUUGAAACAUCAGGAAAGAAAAUGUUGAAGACCGGAGGGUGGAGUGCCUACUGGAAAAUUGCCCAUCUUCUUAGUUGCUAUAGCUGAGUAGUACUAUCAGUAUACUUUCCUAAUUAUUGGUUAAGUUUACCAAACCGUGUUAGAAUAUUCUAUGAACACUCUUCUCUUGGUUCGGUUCUUGCGUACUGGUUAUUACAUGCACACGAUCACGCUGGCUUCUUUAGCAGUU